AUGCCACCGCGGCCUCCACCUCCUCUCCUUCCUGAGCCUCAUUCUCCUCUCUGCCGCGGACGACUUCGCCGCCAUGUCCUCCCUCUCCUCGCCCCCAGCGGCUGGUCCUCCUCCGCCCACUUCUGCACCUGGAACAACGUCAAGUGCGACUCCACCAACUCCUUCGUCGCCAGCAUCAACCUCGACUCCGUCGUUGUCUCCGGCACUCUGCCUCCCGAAACCAACCAGCUUUCCCAACUCCAAUCCCUCGCCGUCCAGCAAAACUCCCUCACCGGAGCCCUACAUUCCUUCCAAAAUAUGACCUCUCUCGAGCAACUCUACCUUGACAACAAUGAUUUCACUUCAAUCCCCAACAACUUCCUCGCAGGCCUCACCAAUCUCCAAGUUUUCAGCAUAAGUAUGGAAUUUGGUAGAUCUUCGGUGGUUUAUGAGGUUGAUACCGGGCCUGAAGAGCAUACUGAAAAGGAGGCGAAGGUGAUUCAGAUUUCGGGGGAUUUUCUCACAAAGCAACCGGACGGAAGUGUUCAAUCUGGUGGGACGACUUAUUUGUCCCAAGCCGCCAAAUGGUUAUCAUUUGCUUGA